AUGCUGCCCCGAGCAGCGCUGCGGACCAUCAAACCCUCCUCCCUCCACACGCCGAGUAUACGCAAUGGCGCAUCGAUAGCUGCGGCAGCGUCACUGCGACUGCGCGCAUACGCCUCUUCCAGCUCGAAACCCCCGCGACCGCCGCCCGCGCAGUCAUCGAGUCCGCGAACCGCCAAGCCGCCCCCGCCCAAAGACUUCAAGAGUGCGACAGGCGCGGCGAGACAGACAUCGCCGGGGACGAGCGUGCCGAAGGACCAGACAUGGAAGCCGCAGGAUGGCAUCAAGCUGGGAGGGCCGGCAGCUGCGACCCUGAGUGACGCUGGCCCGGCAAGAGCGACUACGGGGGCUGCUUCACCCGUGGAACGCGCGAGGCCGGACGAUGGCUCCAUCAGGACGGAGACGCCGCUGGAGGGUGAUGCGCCUGCCACGCAAGAGCCCAUUGCGCAGCGAGUGGAUGCAGACGAGCCCGUGGCGGGGAGUGUGAGAGACCAGGCGCAGGACAAGAUCGCCGAGUCAGAGCAGCAACAGCAGCCGCCAGAGUCUGCAGCACAGCCCACUGGGCCUCUGCCAGAUUUACGGCAGGGUAUUCCCUCUACCUUCGAUCUGGAGUUUGGGCAGGCCAAGGCACGGGCAGCGAGGGAGGAUGCCGCUCAAGCAGAAUCCUCAUCAUCAACGCCAUCACAGGAGGAGAAGCUGGACCUGACUGGUGCUCCGAAGGAGGAAGGCCAGCGACAGAAGGAGAGGGAUGAGCGAGAAUAUGAGCGAUCGGCGUAUGAAACUUCCAUCGACCGGAAGCGCGCACAGUGGGCCAACUACCUGUAUGCGUCCUUCGUCUUCGUUGUUUCGCUGGGUGGCUUCUAUUUGGCUCGCCCAUUCUCCAAGAGUGAUGAGAUCCCUCAGGGACUCGAACCAGGCGAUGCAGAUGGAUGGGCUCCCGGCAAGAUGUACGCUCGUGUGCGAGCACGCAUUGGCAGUCAGACUGGAUACUACACUGAGCCUGCCUUCCCCAAGCUCCUGCCUGAGGUACCAGAAUCACAGCGACCACCAUUCACCCUCGUCCUCAGUCUGGAAGACCUAAUGAUCCACACUACAUGGGAUCGCCAAAACGGCUACCGGACUGCCAAGCGUCCUGGCAUCGACUACUUCAUCCGCUAUCUGUCCCAAUACUACGAGAUCGUCCUCUUUACCUCGGUCCCACGAGCUAUUGCCGACCCUGUCGUCGCCAAACUCGACCCAUACCACUUCAUCAUGUGGCCGCUGGGCCGUGAAGCCACCAAGUACGAGAACGGCGAAUACGUCAAGGAUCUGUCCUACCUCAACCGACCGCUCGAGAAGACUCUUAUCGUUGACACCCACGCUCCUCACGUCAAGAACCAGCCAGAGAAUGCCAUCAUCCUGCCCAAGUGGAGUGGCGACCCCAAGGACCCACAUACCAAAGAUCUCGUAGCACUCAUUCCGUUCCUAGAGUACGUAGCGACCAUGGGAAUCGAUGAUGUGCGGACUGUCCUGAAGUCCUUCGAGGGCAAAUCAAUUCCUGAGGAGUUCGCUCGCCGAGAGAACGAAGCCCGCAAGAGAUUCAACGAGGCGUUGGCCGAAGAACGAAAGCGGAAACCAAAGUUCUCUCUCGGAUCAAUCGCUGGUGCUAUGGGCGUCAAGGGCGGAGGGUCCAUGGGAGGUGGCAUGGUUCUCGCAGACGGUCAGAGCGUUGCCGAAGGCCUUGCGCAAGGCAAAAUGCUAUCAGACCAAAUCCGCGAGCAGGGCCAGAAACAGUACGAGUUCAUCGAAAAGCAAAUCCGUGAGAACGGCGAGCAAUGGCUGAAGGAUGAAGCGGAAGAACAGAAGAAGAUGAUCGAUGCGCAGAUGAAGGACAUGAAGCAAGGCGCUCUGAGCUGGUUCGGUGGCGGUGGAGGUGGAAAGAAGGAGUGA